AUGGACUCUUCUUCCGGACUCAGAGUGAUCCUGAUUCCAAACAACUCAGACAACUACUGUUACUACUGCUACAGUGAAAACACUCGAGAUGGCUUCUUUGUUGAUGUCUGUGACGCUGACAAAGCUAUCCAGUUUGCCAAAGAUUUUGGAGUCACUCCAAAGUAUGUGCUUACCACUCACAAGCACUGGGAUCACUCAGCAGGAAACGAAGCAAUGGCCAAAGAGUUCUCUGGAACUGAUCCGAUCCACAUUGUUGGCGGAAGUAAAGACAAAGUCAAAGCCUGCACUUGGCCUGUUGAUGAUGGCGACGAGAUCACCAUCGGAGAUAUCAAAAUAAAGUGAAUGCACACCCCAUGUCACACCAAAGGCCACACUUGCUAUUAUGUGACGACCGAGUCAGACAUCACUGAAGACUCAGUUGAUAGAAACAAAAAUGAUGCAACAGGGUAUGCUGAAGUUGCAGGAUUCAGCAAGUGUGUCUUCACUGGAGACACUCUGUUUGUUGGGACUGUCGGCAAGUUCUUCGAAGGAGAUGCUGAGCAAAUGCAUCAAAACUUGGAGAGGCUUCACGAUUUGCCUUCUGAGACUCAAGUGUUCCCUGGCCACGAGUACACAAUCGACAGUUUGAAGUUUUGUCAGAAGAUGGACACUCGAAACGAUGCAUUGGAGAACUUAAUGGAAGAAUGCGAGACUCUUCAGAGCGAGAAGUACCCAACAGUUCCCAGGUCAAUCCAAGUGGUUAGAGAAGUAACAAUAUUCUGAAGAUACAAAGAUUCUAAAGUCCAGCAACUGGCCGACACUGACAGUGAAGUAGAAACACUAAGGGCUAUUCGAGAGGCCAAAGAUAAAGGGACUACUUUAGGAGUGAUCUAAUUGAUAUUCCAAUAUUA